GCCAUCGCGUCGCUACGGGCUGCCGGCGGCAGCGGCGGCCUGGUCAGGACGGCCGCGGCGCCCUCGCCGCGCUCCGCUCGCCCACGGCCGCCGGGCCCUCGCCCCGUUCCCUGCCUGGUCCCCCGCGGCGGCGCGCGCGGCCAGGUUGGGCGGGGCGGUUCCGGGGAUGAGGAGGCGGCGGCGCGCCGAGACGAUGCUCCGGACCUGAAGAGACGCCGGCACAAGGCGCGGCGGCCGAGCGCAGCGCCGACCCGCGGGAUGGCUCAGCCGGCGGGCCCGGCGGGCGGCGGGGAGCCCCGGGCGGAGCCGGCGGGUGGCGAGGGGCCGCCGGACCCCGAGGCGGCGGGCGGCCCGCCGGACGCGCUGAGCUUGGAGGAGAUACUGAGGCUCUACAACCAGCCCAUCAACGAGGAGCAGGCGUGGGCCGUGUGCUACCAGUGCUGCGGCUCCCUGCGUGCCGCGGACGCCGGCCGCCGCCAGCCCCGCCACCGCGUGCGCUCAGCCGCGCAGAUCCGUGUCUGGAGGGACGGCGCCGUCACCCUGGCGCCCGGCGACUCGGGAGAGCCGCCCCCCGCUGCGGGUAAAUUGGGAUACUCACAUUGUACAGAGACAGAGAAAAGUUCUUUGACAGUUUUGCAGAUUGUGGCUGUUGCAACUGUUAUUGAAUCUUUGGGAAUUGUUAUUUAUAAAGCACUGGACUAUGGUUUGAAGGAGAAUGAAGAAAGGGAGUUAAGCCCACCCCUAGAGCAGCUCAUUGAUCACAUGGCCAACACGGUCGAAGCUGAUGGCAGCAAUGAUGAGGGCUAUGAGGCUGCAGAUGAAGGCCUGGAAGAUGAAGAAGAUGAAAAGAGAAAAGUCUCGGCCAUCCGGUCAUAUAGAGAUGUCAUGAAGUUAUGUGCUGCUCAUCUGCCAACUGAAUCAGAGGCACCAAAUCAUUAUCAGGCAGUAUGUCGUGCACUGUUUGCAGAAACAAUGGAGCUGCAUACAUUUCUGACUAAAAUUAAGAGUGCAAAGGAGAAUCUUAAGAAGAUUCAAGAAAUGGAAAAGAGUGAUGAAUCUAACACAGACCUGGAAGACCUGAAAAAUGCUGACUGGGCUCGAUUCUGGGUACAGGUGAUGAGGGAUUUGCGGAAUGGAGUAAAACUUAAGAAGGUCCAAGAGCGGCAGUACAACCCUUUGCCCAUUGAAUAUCAGCUCACCCCAUAUGAGAUGCUAAUGGAUGACAUUCGAUCUAAAAGAUACACUUUGCGAAAAGUAAUGGUGAAUGGUGAUAUUCCCCCUCGGUUAAAAAAGAGUGCUCAUGAAAUCAUCCUGGACUUCAUCCGAUCAAGACCCCCUUUAAAUCCGGUCUCAGCCAGAAAACUGAAACCCACUCCACCACGGCCACGGAGCCUCCAUGAAAGAAUAUUAGAAGAAAUCAAAGCAGAAAGAAAGCUGCGGCCUGUCUCCCCAGAGGAAAUUAGACGGAGCAGAUUAGCAAUGCGGCCACUUAGCAUGUCUUACAGUUUUGACUUGUCAGAUGUAACUACUCCCGAAUCUCCAAAGAACGUUGUGGAAUCAUCAAUGGUGAAUGGAGGUUUAACAUCACAAACAAAAGAAAAUGGGUUGCGCGCUGCACAGCAGGUGCCUGUGCAGCGGAAGAAGCUCCUCAAAGCCCCAACUCUGGCUGAACUGGACAGCUCAGACUCUGAGGAGGAAACUCUGCACAGAUCAGCCAGUAGCAGCAGUGUGUCUCCCUCUUUCCUUGAAGAUCCCUCAGUAGAGGCUGUGUCCACGAGGAAGCAGCCUCCGAAAUUCUUGCCCAUAUCAUCAACACCCCAGCCAGAGAGACGGCAGCCACCCCAGAGGCGACAUUCCAUUGAAAAGGAAACACCCACUAAUGUAAGACAGUUUUUGCCACCCUCCAAGCAGAGCUCCCGAUCUCUUGUUCCUAGGAUAACCAGUGUAUGGCCAAGGACGCCUUUCCGACCACUUUUUUCUACCAUACAAACAGCUUCUCUGCUCAGCUCUCAUCCUUUUGAAGCAGCCAUGUUUGGGGUAGCAGGGGCUAUGUAUUAUCUAUGUGAGAGAGCUUUUACCAGCAGGUGGAAAUCCUCAAAGGAGGAAUUCUGCUAUCCAGUGGAAUGCCUAGCUCUUACUGUGGAGGAAGUGAUGCAUAUUCGUCAGGUCCUGGUGAAGGCAGAGCUGGAAAAAUACCAACAGUAUAAAGAUGUCUACACCGCCCUGAAAAAAGGAAAGCUCUGCUUUUGUUGCCGAACCAGGAGAUUUUCCUUCUUCACCUGGUCUUAUACCUGUCAGUUCUGUAAGAGGCCCGUGUGUUCACAGUGUUGCAAAAAGAUGCGGCUGCCCUCUAAACCAUACUCCACUCUUCCCAUCUUUUCAUUGGGACCUUCUACCUUGCAAAGAGGGGAAAGUUGCAUGAGGCCAGAAAAAACCCCCACUGGCCACCAUCGGCCACUCCGGAGCAUUGCCAGGUUCUCCUCAAAAUCUAAGUCUGUGGACAAAUCAGAUGAAGAACUACAGUUUCCCAAAGAGUUGAUGGAGGACUGGAGUACUAUGGAGGUGUGCGUAGACUGCAAAAAGUUCAUUUCGGAAAUCAUCAGUUCGAGCCGGCGCAGCCUGGUGUUGGCCAACAAAAGAGCACGAUUAAAAAGGAAAACACAGUCUUUCUAUAUGUCCUCACCGGGCCCCUCGGAAUACUGCCCUUCAGAGAGGACUAUCAAUGAAAUCUGAGCCUGUGCCUUUCGGUUGCUUUGUGUUCAGAGUCGGCACUAGCGCGGGAGAAACACUGAGCUGCACUGUCUCCUUGCCGCGGUCUUAGUUAAUAGGCUUGAAUUCGCAUUAGAUCAGGUUUUUGCUGCAUCACGUUGUUCCACAGACUGAAUGCUGUGUUCAUAUCGAUUGAUGGUAUGUGACAGGUCAGCCGAUUGCUCCUUUGCACUGAGAGAUAACAAUAGUUUGAAACUUGCUUGUGUGUGUGUGUGUGUGUGUGUGUGUGUGUGUGUGUGUGGAUUUGGAGGCCAGAAACUUUUUCCUUAGUUCAGUUCCUUACUGUUCCCUCAGAUAAUUUCCUGACUAAGGCAAAAAGCUUCUCACAUGGGAAAUCAGCCUCACAAAGGCAUCGAUGUCAGCACAGUCCUAAGCAGUAAGUCAUAUUGGCAUUUCCACCUGACAGUGUUCCUAUCUAAUGUACAUAGUGACCAGGCCCCGCCACACACCAGGUACCUGGAGUCGGGGCCAGGCUGCUCAUCAUCUCAUGGCACAAAACCUGGAAGGGUUUGUUCAUACUGUCAAACUGACUUUAAAUUAUUGUUGCUCUGAGAUAAAGACUCCGAGGGACUUCACGCCUGCAUUCUAGUACAAAACAUCUGGAUAAGCCGUACACCCAAGUGGGUGACCGUUUUCCUCCAAGCUGCUGUGUUUGCCCCAGUGCAAUGGAUCAGUGUCUCCUGAGUGGGUGACAGGUUUUCAUUCCCUUUCUUGAAUGUAUUAUGGUUACUUGUAGUUUUGCAACAGAGGUCUAAGAAUUAAAGUUUUGUGGGAGUUUCAGGAGAAAGGAACGCCAAAAGUCUGUCAAGAAGUUGAGUGUGUUUUGGGUAACUAUGGGGAGGGUUGUGACCGCACAGGGUGCCAGCUAUUGCCGCGCCACGGGGACUGAGCUGGAGCUCUUCCGUUUUCAGCUACAUUUUUCAUAACUUUAUAGUCUUAGCCAUCAUGACUAAAUUAAGCCACAAUUUGGUAUCUAAGGUCUCAAACUGAAAUUAAUUUAUUUUUAUAAAUGAAUUUUAAGGGAAAAAACAUUGUCUAGUUCUUUUAAAAUUACAAGAAAAUUAACCCACCAGUAGGCUUUUUGGAUGCUUUUUGCACAAGUUUUCCUUGUAAAUGACUGGAGUGAGUAGGGUGGGUUUUUGAUGAAGUAGGUUGGAGGAUGGCAUUAUAUACCUGAAAUUUCUCCGCUUGUUUGUCCCAUUCCAGGAGCUGUACUUUAUUAUUUUAGUAUGCUUAGAAAUGACCAAAUUGCCAUUGAUGUUUGGAAAAUCAGUGAAUGCACAUACGCAAUAAUUUCCUGAAAGCUAUAGGACACGCCUGUAGUCAGCACUGCAACAGCACCAUUACAUAAGAGGCAUGGCAGUCACAUUUCAUACCACAGCAGAGUAGAGUAACAUUUCUAUAUUAGAUUAACAGUAAUACCUCAGAACUGCUCUGGCAGUAGUUUUUAAUGGAUUGAAAUUUACAAUUUAGUAAAUGGCUUAAAAUUACUUAACGAAAUAAACUUUACCAAUUGACUAAAAUAAUGCAUGUUAACAGUUCGUCUGUGUUUGCAUGUGAAAGUGGGCCACCAGAGAACCCUUAUUGAGUUUGCAAGUGUUUAAAUUAUUUUAAAGACUCUUGUGUAAGAGAUUUAAACAUUAUAUUGGGCAAAUCUAAUUUAUAACAUUUUCCAAGGGACUAUUUGGACUCUGUACCCCAGAAGGUUUGGUGGAAGCCAUGCCCUUUGAGGGCCCCAGGCUUGGACCUCUAAAUGACUACCAGGAAAAGGAACGGUAUGUGUAUACAUAUAUAGACAUGACCCAAGAUAGUGUGCUUUUUAAAAUAAUGACUAGUUUACUGCUGUUACUAAAACAUAAGAAACUAAGCCCCCCAAAUGAGAAUUUCGUUCACAUUCACAAGGCAGAUAUCUAGCCUCUCUCAAUCUUUGGCUUCACCUCUUCAGGUUUAUGAUACUGUAUGGGCUGAUUUAGGCAUGAUCACUCUUACCAGAGCGUUAGAAUGUAAGUCCUUCAGCAGCAUUAACGAGGUUUGUCAAAUGGAUGGUAUGUCUACUUGAGACAGUUUGCAGAAAGUAGUGUAAGAAGAGGGCAUGUGGCACAGUUAAACUUGCAGACGUUGAAUUAACAUCACUUUUUGUUGCCAAAACAAUUUCUUACAUUUACCCUUUCCUUACCCAUGACAUGUACCCAUCACCUCGACUAAGUUAGGUAAUCUGCCGAGGGUGAUUUCACCAACAGCUUGUGGAGCAUGGUUGCACCAUCCUUAGCCUAGUCUGACAUUAGGACUGCCUCCCUCUUCUUAACUACUAAAAUAACAUACCAUCACAGUGUUCCUUUUUUUUCCUGGUUUCCGGCCACUGGGCAUUUAUACCUGAUCCAGCAACAACAAAUUAUUGGCUAGCUGGUCUCAAAAGGAGCCUGGUGUGUCUGAGAGCUCGCACGCACACUGAAGCAGCCCUUGGUGCAUCCUCCAGCACCGUCCUUUUGUCCCAGACCUCACGAGCUUGCCCUGCUGGGAGGUGGUUCCUUCCCCACGGCCUAACUUUCUACCCAUGUCAGAGUGGUUAAGAAUGCUUGUAAAUAGUGUAAUAUAUUUAUUAAUAUUUGAAAGGCAUUCAUUCAGUGGACAAUGGGAAUUAACUCUCCCAGGGCAAGUAAAAAUUAAGUCAAAUAAUUGAUAUGUACAUUGACUUAACAGUCUUACUAGAUUUCAAGUCUUAAGCCUUUCAAAUUAAACCAGAAGGUUGUUAUGUAGGAGUUUUAAAAAUGAUCUUACUUUUGAGGAGACUGUGUGAUUAGCACCGUGAACUCAUACCGUGAAUUUUUUAAGGCUUUUAUUUUUCUAACUGUAUUAAUAAAUAUAGGACUGGAUUUUAGGUGCCACAGAGGAGACAUGAGCGUUUUAAAUUAUGUUGCUAUUUGCUAAAGCAAAAUGGCAGAAAAUUUUGUUCAUGCAAAACUGUACACUGACUGGACUUUGACCUGGCUUCCUGUGUGUAUAAAAGUCAAGGUAUUGCUGGCAUUCAGGGUGACAUAUUGGUACUAAACAUUUUCCAUUCAAGUCUUUUAUUUUAAAUAAGUUUAGGGAAAAAUAAAAUGGCUUUCCAUCAUAA